AGACCCAGAAAGGCAGGAGACAAAAAUCCCUCUGGUCCAAAAAUGUAUGAGACUGGUUGCUUUGAUCCCAACCCCAUGACAGAAGGUACAGUUGCUGCAGGAGAAGCAGCAAUACCAGAGGAUGGAUUUUCCCAUACACUCCCGACCCACAAUAGCUUUGAAGAGAAUCUCAGGCUCUCCAUGGAAGAGUUGCAGCAAAUGGACAUUAAUCAAAAUGGGCAGCAAUGCUUCGAUUAUUCUUCGCUACCAAACAGUCAAAUGCUCCUCAAUCUCUUCCACCUGCCCAGCUGCUCAGGCUCCACUUUGCUUCCCAGUUCAUCCAUCUCCUUCUCAAACCCAACCCAGAAGACCGCAAAUUAUCAGAACCCGUUGGGCUUUCUGGGAGACGUUCCGACCGGGUCGGACCAUGCCUCCGGCGCAUCCGUUUUGUAUGACCUCCUAUUCCAUUUAAACCUGCCUCCACAGCCUCCUAUGUUCAGGGGUUUGUUCCAGUCUCGACCCAACGGCUCCGGCUUGCCAGACUCAAGGAAUGGUUCUGAUCUGUUUGGCACAGGAGGAGGGCAUGAGAGAGAGGGAAGUUGGGAUGGGAGACAGUUCGAAAAUGGCGUAUUGGAGUUCACCAGAGACAUGGCUUGUAUUGGGAAUGGCAGGGUCGAUGUCGAAACCAAACCCUUUGCCAGAGAGCGCCAGAGGAGACAGCAGUUGAACGACAAGUUCAAGGCCUUGAGGAGCCUUGUCCCUAACCCUACCAAGACUGAUAGGGCAUCUGUGGUGGGCGAUGCAAUAGAAUAUAUCAAAGAUCUUCUGAGGACAGUUAACGAGCUGAAGUUGCUGGUGGAGAAAAAGAGAUGCGGGAGAGAGAGGACGGAAGCUGACGAUGUGUCCGGGGAUGUGGAGAGCUGCAACAUGAAGCCUCUUGAUGACCCCGAGCAGUCCUACGACGGAUCUCUGAGGAGCUCAUGGCUUCAGAGGAAAUCCAAAGAGACCGAGGUCGAUGUUCGUAUCAUCGACGACGAGGUCACCAUCAAACUCCUUCACCCAAAGAAUAAUUGCUUGCUGUUUGUCUCUAAAGUCCUCGACGAGCUUCAGCUCGAUCUCCACCAUUUUGCUCGUGGCCACAUUGGCGAUUUCUACAGCUUCUUGUUCAACACCAAGAUAUAUGAAGGCUCUUCUGUGGAUGCGAGUUCCAUAGCCAACCAGAUCAUUGAGGUUUUGGACAGACAGUACUGUGCAGCCAUUCCACCUGCCAGUAGGCUGUAGCUAUUAGAGUUGGAGAAGAUAUAUACAUC